GGAUUUCACUCACCUGGCCACUCUGCAGCCGUGACAUUACAGAAAAAAAAACAAAACAAAAUUAACGCCUCCCCCGAAAAGAGGGGAAUUCAAGGCAGUAGAACCGUGCAAAACAGAAUGUUCCACUUCAGCGGCUUCAACAUGAUGUUCCCGGAGGGACGCAGCUUCCACGCCACCUACAAGUGCUUCUCCGUCUCCAUGCUGCCCGGAAACGAGCGAUCCGACGUGGAAAAGGGUGGAAAAAUUAUCAUGCCUCCAUCCGCCCUGGACACACUAACCCGUCUGAAUGUGGAAUACCCGAUGCUCUUCAAGCUGACCAACGGCAAGAAAUCCCGAUCCUCGCACGCCGGCGUCCUGGAAUUCGUCGCCGACGAGGGCAAAUGCUAUUUGCCCUACUGGAUGAUGGACAACCUGCUGCUGGAGGAGGGCGACAUCCUGAACAUCGAGAGCGUCUCCCUGCCGGUGGCCACGUUCUCCAAAUUCCAGCCGCACAGCACCGACUUCCUGGACAUCACCAAUCCCAAGGCGGUGCUGGAGAAUGCGCUGCGCAACUUCGCGUGCCUCACCAAGGGCGAUGUGAUAGCCAUCAAGUACAACAAGAAGGUCUACGAGCUGUGCGUUCUCGAAACGAAACCGGGCAAUGCGGUUAGCAUCAUUGAGUGCGACAUGAAUGUGGAAUUUGAGGCCCCUGUGGGCUACAAGGAUCACUCGGAGACGCAGACUUCCGGUUCGGGACAGCAGGGUGCGGCAGGAAUAACGGGCAACGAGGUCGCCGGUGGAGCCAAUGCCAUACUCGAGGAGGUCGUCGAGACCUUCAAGGGCUCCGGUGUGCGUUUGGAUGGCAAAAAGAAGAAGGAAAGCCAACUGGAGACGCCGGUGGUCAAGAAGGUCCUCGCACGCGGCGUCCCUGACUACGAUUUCCAAUUUGGCCUCAUCCGCUUCGACCGCAACAUUCGGCCCAUCAGCGAUCGGGGCAACGAGGACGGCGGCGCAGCUGGCGGGGCGGAGGGUUCCGAGGCGGAGAGCUUCCACGGCACCGGCUUCUCGAUGAAGAAAACCCGAAAAUAGCUCUAGUUCUAGUUGUAUAUAUUGUGUGACACACGUAUAGAAAUUAAAGCCAGCUCCUCCUCACAGGGGCAGCGUCAA